CUCGUGUCGGUUGCUUGCCGGCUGAGAUGGGUGCUCUGCUGGGGCUCGUGCUCCGUGGACGCCCGGGAGGAUCUCCCACGCGCGGGACUGCUCACCCUGGUGGGUUUCUCCACGCGGGCCUCUUGAGGUUCUCUGUCGCCGCCUCUUCUGACUUAGAUCACUAAGAAAUCCUUGGCCCACGGGUGCUCAAAACUAAACUGCCUCUGCCUCGCGUUGCUGCUUGGAGAUUCCUUCGUUCUGGUUCGCCUUGGGAAGUUACAGGAGGGUGGGUGCAGAGACCUGUCCCGUGCGGAACCGCAUGAAUGAAAUGGACCGGUUCGUAGCUAAGGUGCCUUUCUAGAAGAUGACCAUUGAGGACCUCCCGGAUUUUCCAUUGGAAGGAAGUUCACUGAUCGGAAGAUAUCCGUUUUUAUUCACAGGCUCUGACACACCGGUCAUCUUCUCCAUUUCUGCAGCACCGAUGCCUUCGGACUGUGAGUUUUCUUUCUUUGAUCCCAAUGACGCAUCGUGUCAGGAAAUUCUCUUCGAUCCCAAAACGUCAGUCUCAGAAUUAUUUGCUAUUUUAAGACAGUGGGUUCCUCAGGUCCAGCAAAACAUUGACAUUAUUGGAAAUGAGAUUCUCAAGAGAGGCUGCAAUGUGAAUGAUAGAGAUGGACUGACGGACAUGACUCUGUUACAUUACACUUGCAAGUCUGGGGCUCAUGGCAUUGGUGAUGUUGAGACAGCUGUAAAAUUUGCAGCUCAGCUUAUUGAUCUGGGAGCAGAUGCGAGUUUGCGGAGUCGCUGGACAAACAUGAACGCCUUGCAUUACGCUGCAUACUUUGAUGUCCCAGAGCUUAUAAGAGUGAUUUUGAAGACAUCAAAACCAAAAGAUGUGGACGCCACUUGCAGUGACUUUAAUUUUGGGACAGCCCUGCACAUUGCUGCGUAUAACUUGUGUGCGGGAGCUGUGAAAACCUUGUUGGAGCAUGGAGCCAAUCCCGCAUUUAGGAAUGACAAAGGACAGAUCCCUGCGGAUGUUGUCCCAGACCCGGUGGACAUGCCUCUGGAGAUGGCUGAUGCGGCAGCCACCGCUAAGGAAAUCAAGCAGAUGCUCUUGGGUGCGAUGCCUCUGGCCUGUACCAUCCCUAAGGCCGUGGUUCCAAACUGUGAUCAUGUCACCAGCAAGGCCAUGUUGACCUCUCUUGGCCUGAAGUUGGGGGACCGUGUUGUCAUCGCAGGACAGAAGGUUGGGACAUUAAGGUUUUGUGGAACAACAGAGUUUGCAAGUGGGCAGUGGGCUGGCAUUGAGCUGGAUGAACCGGAAGGAAAAAACAACGGAGGUGUUGGGAGAGUCCAGUACUUCAAGUGUGCUCCCAAAUAUGGUAUCUUUGCGCCCCUUUCAAAGAUCAGUAAAGUAAAAGAAGGGAGGAGAAAGGCCACGCACACUCCUUCCACCAGAGCGGCGCCUCACAUCCGGUCCCAGAAGGUGGAUGUAGCUCACGUCACAUCCAAAGUGAAUUCUGGGUUGAUGCCAUCAAAAAAAGAGACUGCUUCUGAAUCCACACUCUCAUUGCCUCCCAGUGAAGAGGUCAAGACUGUAGCAGAAAGCCAUGUUCCCCAGCCUGGGUCCAUCAGCAGCUCCUCCUCCUCCUCCGCAUCCUCGCUGGACCACAAGCAGAGCCACCCAAAGAAGAAGCUGGCUACAAGCAGCCGUAGCAGGAGGACCCUCAGCGAAAGCCCCUCUCUCCCGUCCAGAGCCAGUGCCGGUUCGAAUUCUUCAGCACCAUCUGUAGCAAAUAAUGCCCGCCGAGAAGGAGACCUCCGUCUUGGAGAAAGGGUGCUGGUGGUCGGCCAGAGAGUGGGGACCAUUAAAUUCUUUGGGACAACAAACUUUGCUCCAGGGUAUUGGUACGGCAUAGAGCUGGAGAAGCCCCAUGGGAAGAACGACGGUUCGGUUGGAGGUGUGCAGUAUUUCAGUUGUUCUCCGAGAUACGGAAUAUUUGCGCCCCCCUCCAGGGUGCAGAGACUAUCAGAUUCCCUGGAUACACUUUCAGAAAUAUCUUCAAAUAAACAGAGUCACUCUUAUCCUGGUUUUAGGAGGAGUUUCAGCACAACCUCUGCUUCUUCCCAAAAAGAGAUUAACAGGAGAAAUGCUUUUGCCAAGUCCAAGACCACCCUGCGCCGCAGCUGGAGCAGCACCGCCGCCGCUGCGGGUGGCCUUGAAGGGGCCGCAAAGCUGCAGGAGGGAUCUCAGGUCCUGCUCACCAGCUCGAACGAAAUGGCCACCGUUAGGUACGUGGGCCCCACGGACUUUGCCUCAGGCAUCUGGCUUGGACUGGAGCUCCGAAGUGCCAAGGGGAAAAAUGACGGCGCCGUGGGUGACAAGCGCUAUUUUACCUGUAAGCCAAACUAUGGAGUGCUGGUUAGGCCAAGCAGAGUGACCUACCGAGGGAUUAAUGGGUCAAAGCUCGUGGAUGAGAGUUGCUAAGUGUCUUAAAGCAUUAAGCGAGCUCCUCUGAAUUGUAUGUGUGCUAGGUGUAAAAUAGGGUCUAUGACAAAGGGUUUACUUUAUUUAGAUAUUAUAUAAAAGCUGAAAAUACAAUAAUCUUCAUUUUAAAAGAACUCCAAAGGAACACACAUAUGAACUUUGAGGGUCAUGGUUCUUUUGCAAAUUUCAAAAUAAGCACUU